AUGAAGGAGUCGGGAGUAGAAAGAGAACGAGGAUAUCAAUGCAACAAAGUGGCGUCCUGUCUCUACAGCUGCCUCGGCUGUGCGCGCAACCAAAGUGCAUCAGCUUCUGCUGAAGACAACAUCAACGCCAUUGGACCAACGGUGUCAUCGUCCACGUUGCCAACGUAUCGACAAAUUGCUGGCGCUGGCAAUGGUGCCGGCUCGGCACCAGCUCGACGAGUUCCCGUCUUGUUCUCCACCAAUCGCGGCCUGUAUUUGCGUGUGGCACAGCCGCAAGUGAUGCUGCUACAGCCGUUGAGCAAUGCUCCGCAACAUUAUGACAUCAGCUUUUGUGAUUUAGAGCGCUGGAGCACGAAUCGCGCCAAUGUGGUUAGCCUAGAGGACACGAUUAGCAUGUUGCAGCCACAACAGGCACCGCAUCCACCGAGAAACAACUUUGGACUUUACAACAUGCAGCGCUAA